AUGCCCUCGAGUCGGCGGCUAAAAGUGACCGCACUCAUAGCCAUCCUCACCGUCCUGGUAAUAUUCUACGUAACCAACGGCGCAAGAUCAACACAUGAGUCGCCUUUCUAUACACGAACUGUACAAGCAAUCAAGGAUCGAAAAGCUUCAGAGGCUCGAGAUGAUGUGAUCGCGGAGGAGAAGGCAAGGACAGACCGUGUAGAGAGAUUACAAAAGGAACACGAUGCUGCGGUAUCAGCUGCAGUACCUGUAGCCACAGCGACUUCAGCCGCCGCAAAAGUAGCUGCAGGCGUAGCAGGCGAUGCGGCGAAACCAGCAAGUGGUGAUGCAGGACCAGAUCGGCAGAAACCUCUAGCAGGAGAUGUCAAGGAGGCGAUCUCGGAAGCAGCAGAGAAACUCGUCCCAGUCGCGGGGCGAAAGACAAUGGGGGAGAAAGUGGUCUCGACCAAACCCGCUUCGGCAGCCGACCACGACGGCGUAGCGAAAGUCGGCAAUGUCGAAGCCAAAGCCUCCACAGCCGUGAGCGACAGCGAGAAAGCUGGUGCGGAAUCGCCCGAGGAUCAUGCAGUGGAGACCUUAUUGAACGAUAUCUUAAAGAAGGGCCCGAUCAUAAUCUUCAGCAAGACCUUCUGCCCUUACAGCAAGAAAGCCAAACAUAUCCUCCUCGACCUCUACACCAUCAGCCCACCUCCAUACGUAGUGGAAUUGGAUCGGGAGGAGUUAGGGCCGGGUUUGCAAGCGGCGUUGGGGAAGAGUACGGGCCGUAGGACGGUGCCGAAUGUACUCAUCAACGGGAAAAGUAUUGGGGGUGGGGAUGAUGUGGAGGCGCUGCAUCGGGAAGGCAAGUUGGCGGAGAUGGUGAGGAGUAUGGGUGGGAAGAGAAUUGUGGAGGUUGAGCAGAAUGAGAUUCCCGAUGCUCCCCCGGCGCAUGAGAAGCGGGAGGUGAGAUUCAAGGCGUAG